ACCUCUGGAUCCACAGAGAAGCAGCACAGCGGACAAACCUUCUGAUGAAACCAACUAUGAGGCUGAGAGUCUUCUUCACCGUCGUCUUCAGCGUCUCCAGCUGCCGGCCGGCUUCAGUCUUCAUGGAUCCGGAUCGAGCCCAUGGGGUCCUGGUCCGGACUCGGAGGUUUAACUCUGGCUGGCUGGAGGAGCUGCAGAGGGGAGAUCUGAAGAGGGAGUGUCUGGAGGAGAAGUGCUCCUAUGAGGAGGCCCGGGAGGUGUUCGAACACACCGAGACCACGGACGAGUUCUGGAGACACUACAACCUUCCAGACAGCUGUGAGUCCACUCCGUGUCUGAACGGAGGCAGCUGCUCCGCUCAGGGCUCAACCUUCACCUGUUUCUGCCUGCCACAGUUCAGCGGACUCACCUGUGAGCUCGAUCACAUGGCGGUCAACAAAACCUGCCUUCUGCAGAACGGAGGCUGUGACCAUUUCUGUGAUGAAGGCGAGGGAGGACGAAGACUGAAGUGCUCGUGUGCAGACGGGUACUUCCUGGACGCCGAUGGGCUGAGCUGCGUCACAAAAGAGGCGAUAGCGUGCGGCAUGAUGCCCGUCCUGCACGGGGAAAACAAAGCCAAGCAGCUGGACUCUCGAGCUCGAAUCGUGGGAGGAACAGAUUGCCCCAAAGGAGAAUGCCCCUGGCAGGUGUUGCUGGUGUAUAAAGGAAAAGGGUUCUGUGGAGGAGUGAUCUAUAAACCCACGUGGAUCCUCACGGCGUCUCACUGCCUGGAGGACACCGACGUUCGCUUCCUGAAGGUGGUUGCAGGUGAGCACAACAGGGCGGAGACGGAGGGCACGGAGCAGCUCCUCCAGGUCUCUGAGGUCAUCAUGCACCAGGACUACAUGAAGAGCACCGCCGACAACGACAUCGCCCUCCUCCGCCUGGCCUCGCCCAUCCUCUACACGCCGUACGCCGUGCCCGCCUGCCUGCCGACGCGCCCGAUGGCCGAGCGCGAACUCUGGGCCGUCGCCAUGCACACGGUGAGCGGGUGGGGGAGGCGGGGGGAGAACGGGCCGACCUCUCAACUGCUGCGCCGGCUGAGGGUGCCGCGGAUCCGGACACAGCAGUGCCAGGAGGAGAGCGGCGUGGUGCUCACGGAGAACAUGUUCUGUGCCGGAUACAUCGAGGGCCGGCAGGACUCGUGUAAAGGCGACAGCGGCGGCCCGCUGGUGACGGAGUACAAGAAGACCAGCUUCCUGCUGGGCAUCGUCAGCUGGGGGAAGGGCUGCGCCCGACCGGGAAACUACGGCAUCUACACCCGAGUGUCCAACUACCUGGACUGGAUCCACAACCGCACCGCGACCCCAAACCCGCCAACGACCCCAAACCCACAUACGAACAUCAGCGAGGGCUCCACCCACAACCUGACGACCUGAAGUUUAUGUUCAUAGUUCACCCACGUCAGACAGCAGUUAUUGUGACUAUUAUUAGUAUUAGUAUUAUUAUUAUUAGUUUGACUCUCAUUCUAUUAAAGUAUCAGGCUUUAAAUGAUAAUAAUAAUAGUUAGUGGUGGGAAGAAUAACUAAAUAAAUAUUUUUACUUCAUCAUUAAAUGAUAAACGUCUUCAUUCAUCAGUCAUGUCUGUUUAUGAAUUGGUUUAUAAAUCAUUUUUUUCUGCUUUUAAUGUAAUAAAGUAUUUAAACUAUGAAUCAAACUGUACAUUCAUUGUAUUAAUAUAUCAUAUUAAUACAUAAUAAA